CAUAAGUGACACUGGGAGGGGAAGCAGUACAAACUGUAAGCUGCUGGGGGAUCCAUCUUGCCUGAAAAAACAGACCAGGGUGAAGGAUUUUUCAGUUUAUUGACUCAAAAACUGCAUCGUUCCCCAUUAGACGUGUUGGGGAGCCCGAGGAGGGGGCUGUGUCGCUGUUUGUAGGAUGUCCCGACAUGAGGGUGUGAGCUGCGAUGCGUGUUUAAAGGGCAACUUUAGAGGAAGACGGUUCAAGUGUUUAAUUUGCUACGACUACGACCUGUGCGCGUCGUGCUACGAGAGCGGAGCCACGACAACAAGGCACACCACAGAGCACCCCAUGCAGUGUAUAUUAACCAGGGUAGACUAUGAUUUGUACUAUGGAGGAGACACUUUUUCAGUAGAGCAGCCACAGUCAUUCACAUGUCCUUACUGUGGCAAGAUGGGCUUCACGGAGACAUCCCUACAGGAGCAUGUCACCUCGGAGCAUUCAGAGACUUCCACGGAGGUGAUCUGUCCAAUAUGCGCUGCCUUGCCCGGAGGGGAUCCCAACCAUGUCACAGAUGACUUCACAGCUCACCUCACUCUCGAACACAGAGCACCAAGAGAUUUAGAUGAGUCCAGCAGUGUGCGGCAUGUACGCAGGAUGUUCCACCCCGGGCGAGGACUGGGCGGCCCCAGAGCACGACGGACAAAUAUGCACUUUACUAGCGGCUCCACAGGGGGACUUUCAUCCUCCUCAUCACAGAGCUCCACUUACACCCCCAGUAACAGAGAGGCAAUGGACCCAAUCGCAGAGUUGUUGUCUCAGCUGUCAGGUGUGCGGCGUGCUGCAGGAGGGCAAAUAAACUCGUCGGGACCUUCAGCCUCUCAGCUCCAGCAGCUCCAGAUGCAGCUGCAGUUGGAGCGGCAGCAAGCUCAGGCGGCACGACAGCAAGUUGAGACGAGCCGGCACGCGACGCGACGCGGCAACAACCCGGGCAACACCGGCACCGCCGUCCCCCAGCCCAGCACAGCAACUGCCAACAGCACCACCGUGGGUGAAAGCAAUCCUGCGUCCUCGUCCCACAGCUCCCAGUUCCUAUUAGCACGGUUGAAUGAACCCAAGAUGUCCGAAGCAGAGCGGCAGUUCCUAGAAGGCGAGCGAGCCGACCGCAGCCUGUUUGUCCAGGAGCUGCUUUUGUCCACGCUGAUGCACGAAGAGAGCUCCUCUUCAGAUGAGGAUGACCGCCGAGACUUCGGCGACUUCGGAGCGAUGGGCUGCGUGGAUAUCAUGCCUUUAGAUGUGGCGUUGGAGAACCUCCAGCUUAAAGAGAGCAGCUCUACGGGGAAGGAGCCUCCGCCGCCGCCUCUUUGAUGUCCGAGCAUCAAGCAGACUGUGUCCUCCGUGCUGCAACUGUCAGUGAUGGGCAGCAAACAGCAGCAGCAGCAGCAGUCCCCCAUACCCCAGCCUACCCCACCCCCAGCCUCACCCUUUCUCCCUGCCCCCUGAUUUUCUGAGUUUGUUUUUGGUGAUUGUAAUUUCAGGCCUGUCACCACAUUUGUUAUAUUGUAAACAAAAAUAAAUGAGAGCAAGUGGGAUAAAUGUGUGAGUGCGCGACGCGAGCAAGUGAGCGAGAGAAGAGAACUAUAUAAAUCUAUAUAAAAUAUAUAUGAAGUCGAUAAUCAAUCCACAUUACUUUUCUUUUAUCAGGUAAAUGUUACAGGCAGCUGUGGCAGACCUUUGCUUCCUGUGACAUGCAAACGGCUCUCCGUAUAAAUACUCCACAUUCAAAAAGUGAAGAGGGCACAGGCUCCUCUGAUGAAGCUGCUGUGUGUGUUUAUGACUAUUAAUAAAUAAAGUGCUUGGAUGGGUUACCAUUAA